AUGGAAAAUGAAAUUGAAAAUGAAAUGGUGUGGUAUUCACCUCCAAGUGAGGUUAAAAACAUAGUAUUGGUUGGACGAACAGGUAGCGGAAAAAGCGCAACAGGGAAUACUAUACUUGGAAGAAGUGCAUUUAAGUCAAUGUUUAGCGCUACUAGUGUUACUGCAACUUGUGAGAAGCAUACAACUGUACUUGAAAAUGGGUUGAAUCUUUCUGUGAUUGAUACUCCAGGACUGUUUGAUUUUUCUGCUCAUCCUGAAUUUAUUCGAAAAGAAAUGCUUAAAUGCAUGGACAUGACAAAGGAUGGUAUCCAUGCUAUUCUUUUCGUCAUGAAAAUUGGAACUCGAUUUUCAAGAGAUGAAGAAGAUGGUGUUUUGAUGUUGCAGAAAAUGUAUGGCCCCAAAAUUAUGGACUAUAUGAUUAUAGUUUUCACUAAUGGUGACGAAUUUGAAGAGUAUGACAUGACCCUUAAUGAUUACUUGUGUGGUAAUGAUUCCCCUGACCUCUUGAAGGAAACUCUGAGAAUGUGUGGAAACAGAUGUGUCCUAUUUAAUAACAAAACAAAGGAUGAAGCCGAGAAAUCUAAACAACUGAAGCAACUUCAUGACCUAUUAAAUACGGUUGCACACAACAAUGGUGGAAAACCGUAUACACGUGAUGUUGUCGAUACGAAUGGUGGAAAAUCGUUGACAGAGAAGCUACCUGAGCAACCGGAGAAACCGGAGACAAGUUUAAUGGAAACAAAUGCAAAUGAAAGUGAAACUGAAAGGGUGUGGUCUUCUGAUUUGCAGACAAGUUUAAUGGAAACAAAUGCAAAUGAAAGUGAAACUGAAAGGGUGUUGUCUUCUAAUUUGCAGACAAGUUUAAUGGAAACAAAUGCAAAUGAAAGUGGGGUGUGGUCUUCACCUUCAAGUGAGAUUAAAAAUAUAGUACUAGUUGGACGAACAGGUGAUGGAAAAAGCGCAACAGGGAAUAGUAUACUUGGAAAAAGGGUAUUUAAGUCAAUGUCCAGCUCUAUUGGUGUUACCACCAAAUGCGAGAUGCACACAACUGUACUGGAAAAUGGGCAGAAUCUAGCCGUGAUUGAUACUCCAGGAUUAUUUGAUUAUUCUGGUGAUUCUGAAUUACUUCUAAAAGAAAUGUGUAAAUGCAUGGACAUGACAAAGGAUGGAGGUAUCCAUGCAAUUAUUCUUGUCAUGACAAUUAGAACUCGUUUUUCAAGAGAAGAAGAAGAUGGUUUGUUGAUGUUGCAGAAUUUUUUUGGCCCCGAAAUUAUGAACUACAUGAUUUUAGUUUUCACCGGCGGUGAUCAAUUUGAAGAGUAUGGUAUGAGCCUCGAUGAUUACUUGGUUGGUUCUGAUUGCCCAGGCCCCUUGAAGGAAACUCUGAGAAUGUGUGGGAACAGGCGUGUUCUUUUUGAUAAUAAAACAACCGAUGAAGCCAAGAAAUCUGAACAGCAGAAGCAACUUCAUGCCCUAUUAAAUACGGUUGCACACAACAAUGGUGGAAAACCAUAUACACAUGAUGCAAUUGUAGAUACAAAUGUAGGAGAAAAGUUUACAAAUAUUUCCUCACCGGGUGCACCAAACAAACAACUUGCUCUAACCACUAAAGUUAAUUCCUCCAAGGCAGAUAAUAUAUCUGGAUUUAAAAGCGAUGACCACUCGGCACUCAUCAAGUCAUAUGACGAGCAGGUGGAAAUUGCUCAACUCAAGGAAGAAAUUGUGAGACUAAAUGCUUUGAGGAAAUCAGAUCAAGAAAAACAUAAGCUAGAAAUACAAAUAGAGAGAGCUAAGAGGAAGAAUAAACAGACCAUCAAUCUGCAAUCUGGCGAUGGGUCUAAUACGCGUCGUUCCUGCCAGAUGUUGUAA